GGGUCAUUCAGAUACGCGUGCAGCCAGUAAUACACCGAACGCCGAGCCCGCGCCAUGUCCAACCAGAAACAAUACACGCGCGCCGAAGUCGAGGCCCAAAACACACAAAACGCCACCCUCUUUGUCAUCCACAACAAAGUGUAUAACGUCACACCGUUCUUGGACGAACAUCCUGGCGGUCAUGAGGUCCUGGUAGGCGUAGGAGGCACGGACGCAUCCGAAGACUUCGACGAUAUAGGACACAGCAUCGACGCUAGAGACAUUAUGAAGAAAUAUCUCGUGGGUGAAAUAGUCGAGUCUGAAAGAGUCGAGAAGGCGAAGAAAAUUGUCAAAUGGGAUGAUGUCAAAAAUGAUGGAGGGUCAGGAUUCUUGAGCAUUUGGCGUAUUCCCUUGAUAGCUGCGGUGGUGGCGUCGCUAGUGUAUCUAUACUUCACGUAACUGGACUGCUUAAAUAAUUUAAGGAUCGUUAAGGUUUUGUACACUAUUUUAUUAAAGGUAAUGUUAUAA